GCGGGUGACUCGGCCGGCGUUGACGGCGUUCGGGAGGGAGGCGAUGACGAGCGCGCGGCCGCGCGCCCCCAAGAAGCGCAGAGCUCGGGAGCGCUGCGGCGACGGCGGGGCGGCGGCCGAGGCGGCGCCCGUGCGGGAGCGGCGGCCAGCGGCGGCGGCGGGCGGCAUGAGCUGGGCGCGGGCCGCGGGCCGGGUGCUGGCCGCGCUGCUGCUGGCCGCGUCCGCGCUGAGCGCCGCGCUGCUGGCCUCCGGCGACGCCCUGGAGCGCGGCACGCGAGGCUUAGACAAAAAAAGGCAUGUAGAGCUGAAGAUGGACCAGGCUUUGCUGCUCAUCCAUAAUGAACUACAUGGGACAAACUUGACUGUCUACUGGAAUUCUGAACGCUGUUAUCAUUGCUUGCCCCAGCUUUUGGGGAAUGUUUCUGGGAGUGGAGAACCUGGCAAGCCCAGCAUGGCACCUGUAGCUGUGAGCACCCAGCACACCUCCAUCCUGCAACUCAAUGACACACUGGAAGAGAAGGAAGUCUGUAGGCUGAAGUACAAAUUUGGUGAAUUUGGAAACUAUUCUCUCUUGGUCAAGCAUAUCCAUAAUGGAGUCAACGAAACUGCUUGUGACCUAGUCGUUAAUAAGAAUCCAGUCGACAGUAACCUUCCUGUGUGUAUUGCCUUCCUUGUUGGUCUGGCGGUCAUCAUUGCUGUGUGCUUUCUAAGGUUCUUGUUGAGUUUGGAUGACUUUAAUAACUGGAUUUCUAAAGCAAUAAAUUCCCGGGAAACCGAUCGCCUCAUCAACUCCGAGCUGGGCUCUCCAAGCAGGGCAGGCCUGUUCGGUGACGAUGCCCACCCGGAAGUAUGGCGUCUGUCUGCGGUGCCUCCCCGUCUCCGCUGCGUGGACACGUUCCGGGGGCUAGCACUCAUCCUCAUGGUCUUCGUUAAUUACGGAGGAGGAAAAUACUGGUACUUCAAACAUGCGAGUUGGAAUGGACUGACCGUGGCUGACCUUGUGUUCCCAUGGUUUGUAUUUAUUAUGGGAUCUUCAAUUUUUCUAUCAAUGACUUCCAUACUGCAGCGGGGAUGUUCAAAAUUCAGACUGCUGGGGAAAGUUGCGUGGAGGAGUUUCCUGUUAAUCUGCAUAGGAAUUGUCAUUGUGAACCCCAAUUAUUGCCUUGGUCCAUUGUCGUGGGAUAAGGUGCGGAUCCCCGGCGUGCUCCAGCGGCUGGGGGUGACCUACUUCGUGGUGGCUGUGCUAGAGCUCCUCUUUGCCAAGCCUGUGCCUGAAAACUGUGUCUCGGAGAGAAGGUGCUCUUGUCUUCAGGACAUCACAUCCAGCUGGCCCCAGUGGCUCGUCAUCUUGAUGCUGGAGAGCGUUUGGCUGGCCUUGACAUUCUUCUUACCUGUUCCCGGAUGCCCCACCGGCUACCUUGGGCCUGGCGGCAUCGGAGAUCUGGGGAAGUACCCGAAUUGCACGGGAGGAGCUGCUGGCUACAUUGACCGCUUGCUUCUGGGAGACGAUCACAUGUAUCAGCAUCCUUCCUCGACUGUGCUGUAUCACACCACGGUGGCCUACGACCCCGAAGGCGUCCUAGGGACCAUCAACUCCAUUGUGAUGGCAUUUUUAGGAGUUCAGGCAGGAAAAAUUCUCUUGUAUUACAAGGAUCAGACCAAAGACAUCCUGAUCAGAUUCACUGCCUGGUGUUGUUUUCUAGGGCUUAUCUCUGUUGUUCUGACGAAAGUUUCUGAAAACGAAGGCUUUAUUCCAGUAAACAAGAAUCUCUGGUCCAUCUCGUACGUUACCACGCUGAGCUCCUUUGCUUUCUUCAUCCUGCUCAUCCUGUACCCCAUCGUGGAUGUGAAGGGCCUGUGGACAGGAGCCCCAUUCUAUUACCCAGGAAUGAAUUCCAUCCUGGUGUACGUGGGCCACGAGGUGUUCAAGAACUACUUCCCCUUCCAGUGGAGGCUGCAGGACAACCAGUCGCACAAAGAGCACCUCAUCCAGAACAUCGUGGCCACGGCUCUCUGGGUGCUCAUCGCCUACAUUCUCUAUAGAAAGAAGGUUUUUUGGAAAAUCUGAUGGUUCCACCUGAUGUGUGUUGCUGGCGGACUCUAUUAAAGGGAACCAUUAAUGAUAAAAUCGAUAGGGUGUGUAUUUCCAGAUGAUCGGGGACGAUGCUGAUGUUCUCGGGCUAGUUGACUAUGACGGGGCUCAUCAGAGCUCUGCCUGCGUAUUUGCAACUUAAAUGUUUGGAACGUAAUUGUCUUUUUUCUCCAUCUUCUGUGUACGUGGAUGGAUUUGGAACUCUAUUCCAAGGAUUUCUCGGAGAGCUUUUCACAAGGGAAUUACCCUGGGCAUUUGCUCCUGUGACGGGUAAAACCAUCUAAGGUCUGAUGCUCCCUGGUCUUGUUCUGCACACUGCCUUUACGUGUACACGCAUGCCCACCAGCGCCACCAUUUCUGUCGGCUGACCCUAUGGCUGAUGGAAUGUGAUGUGUGGUUUUAAUUGUGUGUGUGUGUGGAGGGUAGCGAAAUAACUUUAAGAAAGGGUAAUUUCCCUUUCAGGUCUGCAAGGCGUUGGUGGGUCCAAAAAACAGGCCUUCCUGUCAGAAGCCAUUUUCUCUUUUUCCUACUUGAAAAAAAGUUAAAUGUAGGUGUGUUAUUCUCAGCCACUCUCGCUUCAUUAUCUACUUAUGUAUCUAUCUCCUGUCUGUCGAUCACCUCUCUGCCCACCUGUGCGUGUCUCUGUGUGACUAGAUGGAAGCUGGUGCCCAGGGACAAGGCUGUGGGGGAGGAGCGCACUGUCUUACUUGUGGCUCCAGCUUUGCCAUCUUUGCCACGUCAGAUGCCGGGCAAGUCCCUUGGCCUGUCUGAGUCUCGGUUUCCUCAUCUGUGAAAUGAGGGAGAUAGCGAUGACCUCUCAGGUCCUCAGUGAGGUGGGGUAUAUCGAUAGCUUUUCUGAAAUCCUUAGAAAAAUAAUUUUACUACAGAAAACUCUUCAGAAUAAGUGACAAUGACAAGUUUAGAAAACUCUCGUUGGAGUCAGUCUUUUCAGAACCACCCUCCACAGUGGAGGCACCUUUCCUGCUUGGAAUCAAAACUGCAGACGUCGUUUCUCGGGGGCGAGGCGGGGAGGGCACACAAAGAGAAACAGCACUGUUCCUGUGAUGCAUCAUCAUACUUAGGGAUUUUCUGUGAGAAUUCCACGUGUAAGGGAAAUGCGACCAUAGCUUGUACUCUAGAGCACCCUCUGUGGCAGGGCGGGGCCAGCUCAGCGUUGCUUCCACUGUCGCCACUGCAUGGACGACUGCCUAGUCUGUGUUCCAGCUCAGACCCCUGCCCCAACCUUGGGACUGCUCAUGAGCCCCUCCACCUGCAUGUCUGCCAGCAUCCGGGCUCACCUCUUCCCUCCUUUCUUGUCCCAAAUUCAAACCUUUUCCUCUUUGGAUUUUCCUAGCUCUGUGAAUGGAUCGUUCUCAUCUCUAGGUAUAAAACUGCUGCCAUCUUUCACCACCCCUCUCCGUUAUCCCUGCUUCUUCCAUAUUUAGUCACUGCCAAGUCUUCCCAAUUCUGUCUCCAUCUUCCCCUGUGCCUUCUUCAUGCUCAUUGUCACUACCUACGGCUCUAGUCCAGACUCUGCUUCUUUUUAUCCUGGCCUCCUUCCCUCAGUCCCUCCUAACAGAGAGUCAUGCCCAUUGUCACUAGAUUAAGCUGAUUGAAGCUGGGCUCGGAGCACAUCACCUCCUUAUAAAAGCUUCCAUUGACCUUGAUCCAGCUUUGCCGGGCAGACAUAAGUGUCCUCAGUUGAGCCCAACACAUCUUUCCAGCUUCCCGUCCCCACCCCCCUAUGCCCACCCUACUUAUUCCAACCCCACUAGACCCCUCCUGCCUCCCUCACUUAGCCAGGACCUCCUGCUUCCGUUUUUGAGCAUAGUCUUCCUGGAUUACUUUUUCCUCUUAAUUUUCUCCUAUCUACCUUUUUUUAAAUUAAAUUUAUCGAGGUGACUAAACUGCAUCCAGCACGGCCAGGGGUGAACCUGAGGAGGGGCGGUGAAGGAUUAAAGAAGACGGACAAGAGAAUACAGUUGGGACCAGGUGGAUCACUGUGCCUGCAUGAGGAAACAGUGACAGCCUGUAGGCCGAGUCUUUAUUUUAUAGUCAAGUCACACAAAGCAAAACAAGGGCAAGAUGUUUACAGUGUUCUUGCGAAUUUCAAAUCCGUUUCUUUCCUGUUGUUGCCAUUCUCUGAACUCUCUCAAGCCUUGUUUUGGCAGCACUUGCUGCACCCCCAUAGCCCACAUCCCUUAGCUACCUAGGGUCCGACUGUAAGGUCAAGCUUACAACCAUCGCCUUUUGGCUGUAAUUGUGCCGGGAGGGCUCUGCCCUCCAAGCUGGGACUUGUAUGUGGCUUUGCCACCAGUCAGUCCGAGGCUCGAUCCUGUGUGAAUGCUGUAGCUGCUAUUCACAGGUGACAUCAGUUAAUAUGAUCAUAUAGGUUUCAGGUGUGGGUUUCUAUGUUAUAAGAUCUAAAGUCAAAUCAUCUUCUGUCAUCAUAUAUUAGGACUCCCUUAAACUCCCCCCUUCCCUCUGGUAACCACCACACUGCUGUUUGUGCUCAUGAGUGUCCAUUUUAUUUGCCCUGUAUGAGUGAAAUCAUAUGGUUCUUAGCUUUUUCUGCCUGACUUGUUUCACUUAGCAUAAUAGUCUCAAGGUCCAUCCAUGACCUGUCACUUUAGACUUCCUACUUCUAAGACACCUCUCCAAACUUGUAUGCUCAUCCAAAAGUAAUAUUUUAUUCCUCUGGGUUCUCAUAAUAUCUUAUUGGGAUCAAUCUCCUGGCAUCUGUCACUUUAUGGUAGUUAUUGGUUAUAUGUCUAGUUUCCCAUGCUAGACUGUGAGCUCAUUAAAGGCAAGAAUUAUGCCUUGUUCAUCUGCAUAUCAUUGGCACAAACACAGCGCCUCGUACAUAGCAGGCACUAAAUAAAUAUUUAUUAAAGCAAA